AUGACACAGACAGAGACAGAGACAGAGAGUAAUUCUCAGUUGAGGAAAUGCAGAGAGCGAGAGAGAAUACGGAACUGCGAAAGAAUGGAGAUUUUGGAGAAAAGAAAGUGGAGUGGGGUUGCUGGGUUGCCUCCGAGAGAGAGAGAGGAUUUGGGCAAUGAUGGUGCUGGCCGGAGUAACAAGCAAUUGGCUAGUUUUGCUGAAGAGGCCGAUGAUCAAUUGUACGAUAAGGUGUUACUCUGUCCUCGCUUGAAUCCUCAUUUGCAUCAAGACGAGCCCUUGCACUUUCUAUGCACCGAGCACGAUGAUGAUGAUGCCUCAUCGAUUGUGGCAGGCAGGAAAUCACCGCAGAAUGGGGUGGCAGCAAAAGGAGCGAACGGAGGAGGAAGGGGGCGAGGCAAAAAACAGGGCAACAAGAAGGAAGUGAUCGAUUUGCGGACUCUGCUAUCUCAGUGUGCACAAGCUGUUGCGAACGCAGACAUCAGGAAUGCUAAUGAACUCCUGAAUCGGAUCAGGCAACAUGCUUCACCAACCGGCGAUGGCACCGAAAGGUUGGCCUAUUACUUCGCCAACGCGCUCGAGGCCCGCUUGGCUGGCACCGGGACAUCAUUGUAUGCCGCUUUUAAGACCAAGAGGAUAUCAGUUGCUGAUAUCUUGAAAGGUUACCAAGUCUUUAUGAAGGCAUGCCCUUUCAACAAGAUGUCCAAUAUGUUUGCCAACAAAUCAAUUGCGGCACUGGUUCAUGCAAAACAGACGCUUCACAUAAUUGAUUUCGGUGUCCUUUAUGGGUUCCAAUGGCCCUGCCUCAUCCAGCAUUUCUCCGUUAGGGAAGGCGGGCCUCCGAAGAAGCUCCGAUUUACUGGAAUUGACUUUCCACAACCGGGUUUUCGGCCAAAAGAAAGGGUCGAGGAAACAGGACGUCGGCUAGCGAUUUACUGCAAGAGAUUUAAUGUCCCAUUUGAGUACACUGCAAUAGCCAAGAAAUGGAGCACUAUCGAACUUGAGGAGCUCAACAUCGAUAGAGACGAAGUACUUGUUGUGAAUUGUUUGUACCGGCUAAGAAACGUACCCGAUGAGACGGUUGUCGAGAGCAGUCCGCGUGAUGCUGUUCUCAACUUGGUGAAGAGGAUCAAUCCGGAUAUGUUCAUCCAUGGAGUUAUCAACGGGACAUACAACGCACCCUUUUUUGUAACCCGAUUUAGGGAGGCACUUUUCCACUUCUCCGCAGGAUUUGAUGUGUUUGAGACCACUUUACCACGCGAAGAUCAGGGUAGGAUGUUGUAUGAGAAGGAGAUCCUUGGAAGGGAUGUUAUGAACGUCAUAGCGUGUGAAGGUACAGAGAGGGUUGAGAGGCCGGAGACAUACAAGCAGUGGCAAGUUAGGAAUACGCGAGCCGGGUUCAGGCAGCUACAGCUGAACAAGGAGCUCGUGACAGAGGUGAAGACUAAGGUGAAGUUGUAUUACAACGAGAAUUUCGUGGUGGAUGAGGACGGUAAGUGGCUGCUGCAAGGAUGGAAGGGUCGAAUCAUGUUUGCUCUGUCUUGUUGGAAACCUGUCAAGGAGCGGUAAAAAAAAAAAAAUUAAAGUGCAAUUCUGGUUAGUGUUUAGAGCCGUUGAAUCAUGGUGCUAUGCUACUAUCCACGAAUUCAGUAAUGUAUAGCUCGUUGGUCUUGUAAUGCCCUUGCACUUCCUGCUACCUGUUUCUUCUAGGAAUGUACUCGAUAUCUAGUGUUUAAUAGAGAUUUGUUUAAUGCCUUUUCUGUGCACCA